AUGCCACCCAAGAACAAGGCCACCCCAGAACCUCUCCCCGAGCCACUCAAGAUCAGGAUCAUUCGGGCAGUGGUUGAUACUGCACCUUCCCAUGAAGAAGCCUCAAACCGCUCGACUCCGGCUCCUUCAGCCCACCAGGAGAAGAGACAACGUAAUGAUGGAAGGGAGGAGUAUGUUGAUGCAGGAGACGAGCACGAGAAGCUCAAAGAAAUCCCGGAAGUGACAUCUCCCACAUCAUGCCACGUCUUGAGAACGCGCUGA